AUGAAACUUCUAGUUCAUCGAAACAACACAACCCCCAGCAGCCACAACACCAACUUCAGCUGUGGAUGCAACAACCACAGCUGCUCCCACAUCAACCACAGAUGCUCCCACAACAACCACAGAUGCUCCCACAACAACCCCAGAUGUUCCAAAAACAACCACAACUGCUCCCAUAACAACCAUAGCUGCUCUGACAACAACCACAGCGGCCCCAACAACAACCACAGCUGCUCUAACAACAACCACAGCUGCUCCCACAACUACCUUAGCUGUACCUACAACAACCAUAACUGCUCAAACAACAACCACAGCUGCUCCAAUAACAACCAUAGCUGGUCUCACAACAACCACAGCUGCUCCAACAACAACCACAGCUGCUCUAACAACAACCACAGCUGCUCCCACAACUACCUUAGCUGUACCUACAACAACCAUAACUGCUCCAACAACAACCACAGCUGCUCCCCUAACAACAACAGCUGCUGCCUCUACGACGACAACAGCUGCAGCCACAACAACCAUAACUGCUCCAACAACAACCACAUCUGCUCCCCUAACAACAACAGCUGCUGCUGCUACGACGACAACAGCUGCAGCUACAACAACCAUAACUGCUCCAACAACAACCACAUCUGUUCCCCUAACAACAACAGCUGGUCUAACAACAACCACAGCUGCUCCAACAACAACCACAGCUGCUUCAACAACAACCGCAGCUGCUCCAACAACAACCACAGCUGCUCCAACAACAACCACAGCUGCUCUAACAACAACCACAGCUGCUCUAACAACAACCACAGCUGCCCCCACAACAACCACAGGUUCCCUCAUAACAACCUCAGCUGCUGCUACGACGACAACAGCUGCAGCUACAACAACCAUAACUGCUCCAACAACAACCACAUCUGUUCCCCUAACAACAACAGCUGGUCUCACAACAACCACAGCUGCUCCAACAACAACCACAGCUGCUCCAACAACAACCACAGCUGCUCCAACAACAACCACAGCUGCUCUAACAACAACCACAGCUGCCCCCACAACAACCACAGGUUUCCUCAUAACAACCUCAGCUGCUGCUACGACGACAACAGCUGCAGCUACAACAACCAUAACUGCUCCAACAACAACCACAUCUCUGGUCUCACAACAACCACAGCUGCUCCAACAACAACCACAGCUGCUCCAACAACAACCACAGCUGCUCCAACAACAACCACAGCUGCUCUAACAACAACCACAGCUGCUCUAACAACAACCACAGCUGCCCCCACAACAACCACAAGUUCCCUCAUAACAACCUCAGCUGCUGCUACGGCGACAACAGCUGCAGCUACAACAACCAUAACUGCUCCAACAACAACCACAUCUGUUCCCCUAACAACAACAGCUGGUCUCACAACAACCACAGCUGCUCCAACAACAACCACAGCUGCUCUAAUAACAACCUCAGCUGCCUCUACGACGACAACAGCUGCAGCCACAACAACCACAGCUGCUCCAACAACAACCACAUCUGCUCCCCUAACAACCACAGCUGGUCUCACAACAACCACAGCUGCCCCCACAACAACCACAGGUUCCCUCAUAACAACCUCAGCUGCUGCUACGACGACAACAGCUGCAGCUACAACAACCAUAACUGCUCCAACAACAACCACAUCUGCUCCCCUAACAACCACAAAUGGUCUCACAACAACCACAGCUGCUCCAACAACAACCACAGCUGCUCUGACAACAACCACAGCUGCUCUAACAACAACCACAUCUGCCCCCACAACAACCACAGGUUCCCUCAUAACAACCUCAGCUGCUGCUACGACGACAACAGCUGCAGCUACAACAACCAUAACUGCUCCAACAACAACCACAUCUGUUCCCCUAACAACAACAGCUGGUCUCACAACAACCACAGCUGCUCCAACAACAACCACAGCUGCUCCAACAACAACCACAGCUGCUCUAACAACAACCACAGCUGACCCCACAACAACCACAGGUUCCCUCAUAACAACCACAGGUUCCCUCAUAACAACCUCAGCUGCCUCUACGACGACAACAGCUGCAGCCACAACAACCAUAACUGCUCCAACAACAACCACAUCUGCUCCCCUAACAACAACAGCUGGUCUCACAACAACCACAGCUGCUCCAACAACAACCACAGCUGCUCCAACAACAACCACAGCUGUUCUAACAACAACCACAGCUGAUCUAACAACAACCACAGCUGCCCCCACAACAACCACAGGUUUCCUCAUAACAACCUCAGCUGCUGCUACGACGACAACAGCUGCAGCUACAACAACCAUAACUGCUCCAACAACAACCACAUCUGUUCCCCUAACAACAACAGCUGGUCUAACAACAACCACAGCUGCUCCAACAACAACCACAGCUGCUUCAACAACAACCGCAGCUGCUCCAACAACAACCACAGCUGCUCCAACAACAACCACAGCUGCUCUAACAACAACCACAGCUGCUCUAACAACAACCACAGCUGCCCCCACAACAACCACAGCUGCCCCCACAACAACCACAGGUUCCCUCAUAACAACCUCAGCUGCUGCUACGACGACAACAGCUGCAGCUACAACAACCAUAACUGCUCCAACAACAACCACAUCUGUUCCCCUAACAACAACAGCUGGUCUCACAACAACCACAGCUGCUCCAACAACAACCACAGCUGCUCCAACAACAACCACAUUCCCUCAUAACAACCUCAGCUGCUGCUACGGCGACAACAGCUGCAGCUACAACAACCAUAACUGCUCCAACAACAACCACAUCUGUUCCCCUAACAACAACAGCUGGUCUCACAACAACCACAGCUGCUCCAACAACAACCACAGCUGCUCUAACAACAACCACAGCUGCUCUAACAACAACCACAGCUGCCCCCACAACAACCACAGGUUCCCUCAUAACAACCACAGGUUCCCUCAUAACAACCUCAGCUGCUGCUACGACGACAACAGCUGCAGCUAUAACAACCAUAACCGCUCCAACAACAACCACAUCUGCUCCCCUAACAACCACAGCUGGUCUCACAACAACCACAGCUGGUCUCACAACAACCACAGCUGCUCCAACAACAACCACAGCUGCUCUAACAACAACCACAGCUGCUCUAACAACAACCACAGCUGCUCUAACAACAACCACAGCUGCCCCCACAACAACCACAGGUUCCCUCAUAACAACCUCAGCUGCUGCUACGACGACAACAGCUGCAGCUAUAACAACCAUAACCGCUCCAACAACAACCACAGCUGCUCCCCUAACAACCACAGCUGGUCUCACAACAACCACAGUUGCUCCCACAACAACCACAAUUUCUCUCACAACGACCACAGCUGCUCCCACAACAACCACAGCUGCUCCCACAACUACCUUAGCUGUUCCUACAACAACCACAACUGCUCCAACAACAACCACAGUUGCUCCCACAACAACCACAAUUUCUCUCACAACGACCACAGCUGCUCCCACAACAACCACAGCUGCUCCCACAACUACCUUAGCUGUUCCUACAACAACCACAACUGCUCCAACAACAACCACAGCUGCUGCCAAAACAACCAUAGCUGCUCUCACAACAACCACAGCUGCCCCAACAACAACCACAGCUGCUCUGACCACAGUUACAACUGGUUCCUCAACUACUAUCAGAACACCUGCCCCUCCACCACCAGAGGUUAA